AUGCGUUCCACUCAUGUACCAGAUGUUCAUGCGAUGGCUCUGGCUAUGGAAAAUGAAGUAGCUGUUGGUGUACCUCAGGAUGAACCGGUCAUGGGGGGAGACUUCGAAAGACGGCGCAGAGCUGGGAGCGUUCACUUAAGACACAUCCGUCGGCAUGUCCCUGAAGAAGUACAUGAUGAACUUGUAGAAUCGUUGCGAGUUCAUGUCGAACAAUUCAAUCGAGGAUUCGAGGUACAAGUCGGUCUCACCAUCUGUCGUAUUCUCUACGACUAUCCGUACUUAGUUUACGGUUUCAAUGACUUCUUGUGGUCGGACAUCGAAAUCACUCGUGGACUUGUAAAUGGCACUCCUCGUUACAUCAUCUGGAAGGAGGGCCGUGGAAUGGUUGUAUUUGAUUGUAUAACUUAA